GCGGAAUUGGCGACGGCCCGGAUCGAUGACGGUCAAUCGAGAGCCGGUGACUAAUUCUCCUUGUGCGAUUGGGCAGGAAAAUCCUGAUCAGUAUGUCUGUGGCGCAGCAGUUGAAAGACCUGAGAAGCGAUGUGCGGACGCUUCUGGACUACGCACAAGCGCUGAAGGCCGAAAACGAACGUUUGCGAGGUGCUUUUAGAGGUUCAUUCGUCUUUCUCAGGAAUAAAGAACAAGAGAAGGUUUUCAGAGCUGUCACGGAAGUUGGUGCUGCGUUUCCAAAGCUCAAGACAGUCCCCGACAUUUCCCUUACCCACAGCAAAGCAACAAGCCAUCAUCUACCGAAUGCCUCUGAAGGAUUCACAGAGGAAGCAGCAGGUCUCCUGAAUGGGGAGAAUGAAGCUGGGAGAGAAGUGGGGAAUGAUGAAGCUCAUAAUGAAGGGAGUAUUCUGAAACCUCAGUUAUUCACUACAAGUGACUUAGCAGAUGCACUACUGGAGCACAAUAAGCUGUUGGGCAGACUUCGACAGUACACUAUCUCCAGCAGUAACACCUCAAUACCUACCUCCAGCUCUCCAAACAUCGGAGAGCAUGAUCUGACAGGAGCCGGUGUGGUUGGCUUUAGGGAACAACAAAACAUGAAUGAUUUUGCCGUUCAUGUCAGUUGGUCAAAUGAAAGUAGCUUUGAAAUCUACCGAAAUUACCUCGAUUUCUUCACACUGCAGGCAAGAUUAAGGGAAUUAGGGGUACAAAAAACAAGAACUCCGGAACUUCCAUUAUCGGAUCAUCUUCUGGCAGUGUUGGGUCAACUCAGCUCUACUGAGUCACUGUACCAUCGAUACAAGUUGGUCGAUUCAUUUUGCAAA